GUCACUCGGCAGCGCCGUGCUGAGCCGAGCCGUGCGGAGCCGAGCCGGGACGGGCUGAGCUGCGCUCCGCUCCGCACCGCCGCCAUGGAGGUGAGGCUGCUGCCGGGGCCGCACCGUGCUGAGCUGUGCCGUGUUGUGCCGUGCUAUGCCGUGCUAUGCCGUGCUAUGCUGUGCCGUGCUGCCCCUCGCAGCGCCCGCGCUCCCGCAGCUCUCCUCUCCCCCCCGCACAGCUCUGUCCGCCCACCCCGUCGAGCGAUGCAGCGCAUCCCUUCCCUCGGGGCUGGGCACGGGCCGGACCCCGCAGCACGGCCGCAUCCCGCUCCUUCCCAACCUCCCCAACCCCUUUCCACCCCCAGCCCCUUUCCAUCCCCGUCUCCGUACGGACACUUCUCCCUGCGGCGCUGCACGUCUUCCCGCACGGCUUUGCCCCGCUUCCCCUUUCAGCCCCGUGCUUUGUGUUUAUGACUGUAGCGGGGUUGCAAAACCCGUUCGCCCCACGCUCGCCCUCCCCACCCCGUGCCCACGCAGUGCUCACAGCAGAAACUCACAGCCAGAGCUGCCGUCGCUGCAUGGGUGUGCCAUCACCCUGCACUCGGAUGUGUUUGUGGCUGCCGGCCCGAGGAGCAUCCUAUCAGCCCCAUGAACACCCUUGGGUACCCAAUGGCACAGAGCAGCAGGCAGCAGGCAGCAGCAUGGAGACCUUCUGCACGUCGCUCCUGUUCCUGUGCCCCCAAAGUAGCACUGCCUCCUCCCUGCCCAGCCUGGCAGUUGAGGUGUGCAAAGGAGAAGGAGUUUCAUUUGAUGGCUAAUUAUCAUAAAUCUGUUGCCAAAGGAAGCUUAAAAGCAUAAGGCAAUUACACGUCCUAAUGUGCUUUGGUAAUGAGCGGAUGGAGUGUGUAAUUAGAGCCCAGCUGCAGCGCGGGUACCUCUGCUUAUGGGAUGGGAUUCCUGACCGAUGCUGGUCCCAGAAUAUGACCUUAGAUGGGCCAGGUUGGGGCUGAGAAGAGGGAGGACAUCUGGGGAUGGUUGGGGACAGCUGAGUGCCGAGAGGUCCUGCAAGGAGGAAAACCCAGAGUGUGUGGCCGUGGCGAAGAAAGAAGAACUGGCAGCGGUGACCUCAGUCUGGAGGUGGUUUCAUUAGGGAAGGGCCAUGGGCUAGGAGCUCCUUCUGCUAUUUCAGCAUGAUAAAGCUCUCUGGAUCCUCUGCUCCACUGCGAAAUGGCCCCACAUGGGAUUUAGUCACAGGUUGAAAGGAAACCCUGCAGGGAUGUUCUUAGCCGGAGGUGCUGACAUUGGGUGGCUGUGAUACCCCCUUCCACCCGUCCCCAGGACACAGAGCCCCACCGCGGGGUGCAGAGGCUGCAGAUUUGGGGCGGUGCUGAUGGAAGGGCACGGCUGGUUUCCAUCUGGACGGACAACAUCUGGCAUCUGUGGGUGCAUCUGGAGCAGCCUGCCAAGGGCAAGAUGACUUUCUCCUUCUCGGACAGGCUGGUGCUGCUCUUUGACUGCUGGAGCGUGCACAGCCCCACAGGGCUGGCACUGUCCGUGCUGGUGAUCCUGCUGCUCUCCGUGCUGUAUGAAGUGGUGAAGAUGGGCAAAGCCAAAGUGCUGCGGAGGGCGCUGCUGGCCGUGCCCCCCACCUUCAGCCAGGACACACUGCUGGGACCCAACGAAGGGGACAGCGGGGAUGGCGGCGGUGGGGACAGUGAGGACAGCGGUGGCCAGGAGCGUGAGGCCAUGCAGGGCAGGUGGUUCCGGUACCAUGUGGGCCAGACGUUGCUCCACGUGGUUCAGGUGGUGGUGGGCUACACGCUGAUGCUGGCUGUCAUGUCUUACAACGCAUGGAUCUUCCUCGGGGUGGUUGCAGGCUCUGCUCUGGGCUACUUUGUGGUGUACCCACUGCUCUGCGUGGGCUACGGGGCUGUCGCCUCUCAUCCCAUCCAGUAGCACUGUCACUUCUGCUGGCUCUAUCCUUGUCCCUGUGCUGUGCAGGACACAGAGCGAUGCUGGGACACGCAGUGCUGGCAGGACGGGGCUGGCACUGGGGCUGUCCCCUGCCCUGCCACCGCUGCGGCCGUCCAUGUGCUCUCAGGGAGCUUUAUAGCUGUGGGAUGGGGAUGAUGGCUGCUGGGGGGCACUGGGAUGCUUCAAGUGUGUGCUCCUGGGCAGGACUCAGCCCUGCUCAUGCCCCCUCACGCUGUGCCUUGUGGGUGCAGGGCACUGGCUCAUGCACCUCUUUUUUAGCACUUUAGGGUUAGAGUCAGGGCGUGCUGCUGCUGGGAUGCCCAGGGCAAUGAAACCAUUGCAUCGCUCAGCUCUCAGCUGCUGCAUGCUGCAGCAGCAGGGUUUAGGAGUAAGGAUGCUCUCCUCUGGUUUUAAAUAAAGCUUUUUUUCUCUUUUAUUAA